AGUAAUCUGGCAGCACUGCUUCCAGUUUGACGUCAGAUAUGUCACGCAUGCGCUAAUUUGACAACAUAUCUGCUGGCGGUGUGGAAAGGAGGGGCGUGAACUGAAUGGGAUUUCUGUAUUUAUUAUUUUGGUAAUAUUGAGAUUAUUCAGUAAUACUUGGAUCAGUUGGCUGAAGAUGGCGGCGACAUCAGACUCCUUUCUUGUCAUUGACCCCGCACAACUUCGCUUCAAAGGUCCAUUUAAAGAUGAAGUGUCAAGCAGCAGUCUUAAAAUUACAAAUACUUCUGACAAGAAGGUUACGUUCAAGGUAAAAACCACAGCACCAAAGCGGUACUGUGUGCGACCCAACCAGGGAGUCCUCAAUGCAGGAGCAUCAACCAAUAUUGCAGUAAUGCUGCAGCCUUUUAACUAUGACCCUGCUGAGAAGAACAAGCACAAGUUUAUGGUGCAGACCAUGUUCCUGCCAGACGGAGACACUGGCGACCUAGAAUCUCUGUGGAAGAACGCCAGCCCGGAGCAGGUGAUGACCUCCAGCAAGAUGCGCUGCGUGUUCGAACUGCCGACGGACGUGGCGGAGGAGACGCCCGCGCCCGCCCCCGCCGUCAGGCACCCGGAGCCCAAAGACAUCAAGACUGCCACGGACGAGGUCAAACACCUGAGGGACGAGAUCAGCAACGUCAUGGCCGAGAAUCUCCAGCUCAAGGAGGAGGGUCUGCGGCUGCGGCGCCAGGCGGCGGCCGGCGACCGGCCGGUGGCCUCGGCGGCGGCCUCUCUGCCGCCGACCGCCGCGCCCGCCGAGCCCAUGAUGUACUACGUGCUGGCGCUGGUAGCGCUGGUCGUCGGCGUUAUCCUCGGGAAGCUGGUCAUCUAGGGCCGGCCGCCGGAGCGGGCCUAUCGCUGACACGGGACGGGACGCGCCGAGACGGGAGGAGACGAGAGGAGCGACGGUUUGGGACGAGAGGAGGGACGGUUUGAGGCGAGAGGAGGGACGGUUUGAGAUGAGGAGACGGAGAGGAAGAACGGUUUAAGUCGAGACGAGAGACAUUUGAGGACGGGUGAAACUGCAGCAGACCGCCGGAGAGUUGUCGGUGUGUCGGCGGCGGCUGGGUGUGUGUGCCGCGCCGCUCCCGUCGCCGCGGCGGACCGGGUGUGUCCCCGAGUGGAAGUGCCCCCUGAGCGGCGACCGCCGGCGCGCCGUCCCGCGGUGCGGUCGCCCGCCGUUCGAUCCCCGGUGCCGGCGCUGUGUUCCGAGGAGGCUCUGACCGGCGGAGGUCCAGCGGGCCGCCCGAGCGGAGGGGCAGCGCCGCCGUGCCCCGGAGCGCCGCGCGCCACGCUAGUCUGGGUCACGGUCCAACCGGCUGACCCGAGCCCCGCCCCGCCCCGCUGUAUAUACGGUUUAAUUUGCCAUUUGUAGAGCUGUAUGCUGCCUCCCAGGAUCAGAUCAAUACACGCUCGAGUGAUCGCUGUGCCGCGCGCUCUAUUUGCAGACGUGGUCUGCCGUCCGUCUGCCGCUCCGGCUCAGUCCAUUAGCCGUAUACGUCUGGCGGCAACGUUAUCCGGGUAGCUGAACGCUAAAAACCAACCCGACAAGUCAAAGGUCAAGUCAAAGUCAGUCGAAUAGGUCGGCGGUAAUCAGUCAUAAAUAUACCGAAUUCUCGGAGAUGUUA